AUGCAAAAGCAAAGCCAAAAGAGAGAUAUGGAAGUGACAAAGUCUAGAUUCCGAAGAAUCUGUGUUUUCUGUGGCAGCAGUUCUGGAAACAAAACUAGCUACCAAGAAGCCGCUGUUUCCUUGGGCAAAGAACUGGUGGAGAGAAAGAUUGAUCUGGUAUAUGGAGGAGGGAGCGUGGGCUUGAUGGGUCUUGUUUCUCAAGCUGUUCAUGAUGGUGGGCGCCAUGUUCUAGGAGUUAUUCCCAGAACUCUGAUGCCUAGAGAGAUAACUGGGGAAACUGUUGGAGAAGUUAGAGCCGUCUCUGACAUGCACCAGAGAAAAGCCGAGAUGGCCCGACAAGCCGAUGCAUUCAUCGCCCUACCCGGCGGGUAUGGCACCCUCGAAGAAUUGCUCGAAGUCAUAACAUGGGCGCAGCUCGGAAUCCACGAUAAACCUGUUGGUCUUUUGAAUGUUGAUGGCUUCUACAAUUCCUUAUUGUCUUUCGUCGAUAAAGCCGUUGAUGAAGGCUUCAUCUCACCGACAGCACGUCGCAUUCUCGUAUCCGCCCCGACAGCAAAACAAUUAUUUAGACAACUUGAGGAGUAUGUUCCUGAGUAUGAUGAAAUAACAUCAAAGUUGGUGUGGGAGGAAAGGCUUGCUUAUGUUCCUGAAUCCGGUGUUGCCACGUCGUACCUCGUUUGAUCGAAACAUAGAAAUGACACCCCUUUCUUUUUGCGUAUUUAGUAUAUAGGUAUAUACGGUCCUUAUACCGUAGAUGUUGAGCACAGUAACUUCUAGUUCAUUUUGG